AAAAGUAGCUUGGUGGGUGAGGGUCUGACUUACAGCAAGAAUGAGCGAGAGAGAGUGCGAGAGAGCGAGGGGGUUCAGCUUAUGCACCUCCCUCCUGCAUUACCGCUCGUGUGGGUGAGCUUGCGGUCAAUGCGCCGAAGCUGCGCCAGCUGGGGGGUGAAGAGCGCUUACAGGAAAAGGGAGGCCAAAAGAGUAUCUUGUCAUGUGUGCCGCUACUUUCUUCGCAUUUCAGGGCGUGUGCGUCUCGGCGUGCUUUUGUUCUUUUCCUGAAUGAUUUUCAUCCAGCACUGGAGCAGCGGCACUCUUCUUGUGCUGUGUGCGAGUCGAGCGAGAGUGGACAUAGGGAGAUUGGUUAGGGGGCCAAUUGUGCCUUUGGAAUAAUUUCCUUGCGUUUAGUGUAGGGACAAAAAGAUUUCGUGCGUGAUUGAUCGAUCCCAGGGGAUUGGUUGAAUAGGAACAAUUUUUGGAUAAUUUUGGGCUAUUAUUGUUGUUGUAGGAGCUGGUGUGGUUUGGAGAAGAGUUGGCGGCGAAGAUGGGAGAGAAAAAGAGAGGCGAGUGAGCGAGUGACGCAUCACCUGAGCGUAGACCUCAAAAUGGGAGAAGUUGGUUGACGAAGUGGGACAUUGUUGGUAUCUUGGCGUGAUUUGAGGCCUUGUCAGGAGCAUAGAAUCGGUAGUGUAGGAUACAGCCGAAGAUUACUUGGCCAGCUACAGUGUUUGUGGCUUCGAGGCUCUUGUUUCUGGUAUUCGAUGGGUUGAUAAUUGAGAGGGCAGUAGUGUCAAGGAAAGUGAUGUGUCCGAAGGAUGUGGGGAGUUGAGUUGGUAGCUUCACGGUCGCUAUCAAGACGACGUUCUUGUGUCACGCGGACAUGAGAUCACAGUUUGGCGGGAUAACUGCUUCCUAUCUCUGUUGAGGCUUCUGUGGUAGUGGCGAUCCCUCCUCAGUGAAAUUGUUUCGCGAUCCUUGCAUAUUCGUUGCCAUUCUUGUAGCGACGCUUUGCCUGGAAUGACCCACUCAAGGCUAAACGUGUUUGAAUGCCAGGCAUUAGAUGGCUUGGUUCUGAUUUUUAAAGAUAUCGAAGCCUCUACAGGUGUUUGACGUGAAGGAUUUCAAGUCUUUUUGUACCAGCUUGUAAGCCUACGAUCAACCAGCUUCACAGAGUCGCUGCACGCGAUUAUCUAGAUUUCUAAAGCCAAUGUAAAAAAUACGUUCUUUUGUAGUUAUCUCAUAGCUUUCAUCUUGUGCUCUUUUGUAACAAAUUUUAGAAAGACGCCGAGAUUUUUCACAUAGCAAAUCUUCUGCUGGCUCACUGCGGUCGGGUUUCUGAGGAUGAGAGCGGAUAUGAGUGGGGAGGGGCGUAAGUAGGCAUGUGAGCCGGCGAAUGCAGGCUAAACUUCUGUGUUUUGUAUCACGGACCUUUCGAGUGACACAGUCGGGCUUCGCAGCUGGACUGAGCUACCCCGGGGUUUGAAGACUGCAAAUAACGAAACCGCGCAAGUGUGUCCGGUGUUGAGCAAAGACAUCCAGUGGUUUGAUUUGGCGGCUUGCCCAGCUUCGGGUUCGCGCCACCGUCAAUCACCACCGGAAAUCAAGGCAGUGAAGUUUACUUUCUGCACGCUGGAUCCCCGGCACCAUCUUAAUCCUGCACCACAUCUUAUGAUUGCAACUCCGCUUGCAUUCUCGAUAGCAAAGAGGAUAACUCAAUAUCCUCGUACCUGAUGGAUGGCAAUGUGCGAGCUGUGUUGAAGAAAGUCACUGUUAACGAAGACUCUCUCAGCCAAGCGAUCCAAGCACUGGGAGGGGGAGAAAAGGGACUGAAAGAGCUUAUUGGGCACAUUAUGUUGUGGGUCAAACAACACAAUGGUGAGAUGGAUUACGGAAAGACUUCUUUGUCACAGAAAUUAGAGAAGCUACAUCCGCCUCAGAUGAACCACGCCUUAGAAUUUGCCUCUGGUAAGGGUAUCAGCGGUACUGUGUACAAUCCAAACCUAGCUAGUGAGGGGUAUGAUCAAAGAAAUGAGAAAAGUCCCUGCCCAUUCGUGAGAGUGCAGUCUUCAGAGGAUCUCCAGGAUAUGAACCACUUAUUUCAGUGCAUCAAGUCACGCAGGUUAAUGGGGGAAGGAGGGUUGGACAUCAACUUCCCACGUGACGUUCAUUCCGGUAGCGGCACCUUUGUAGACGUCCGGGGUAGUGUUCCAGACGUGUUGCACUUUCCUAGCGGCGGGAUGGGCCCGAGAAGUCCCAACCAUAUUGGCCCUGCAAUGCUUCAAGGGAUGCCUUGUGAGUUGGAUAUUCAACGACCGUUGAUUCCGUGUGCACAGGCCGGGUUGUCGUUUUCAGGCGAACACGAUGGAUUGAGCCGCAUUUUUACAGCAACCACAAGGGCAGCUAGGAGAAACCAAAUCUCGCGACAAAGACAAUCUGGGCUUCAAAGUAACUCUACAUUCACACCAAGUAAUACUGUUACAGCUGUUUCCUCAGAAUGCGGGUUGUGGUCAGUUGCUCCUCCUGCAUGGGACAUGAGCGUAGGAGUUUUUCUUUCUAGGACCCAGUCUCCAUCCUGCGGCCCUGACAUAAGCGACCCAAAGAUGCUUACAUUUCUGCUACAAAAAGAGCUUCGACCGAGUGAUGUUGGAAACCUUGGACGCAUAAUCCUCCCGAAGAAAGAAGCCGAGGCGCACUUACCAAUUCUUGCAUUGAGGGAAGGCAUUUUGUUGCAGAUGGAAGAUUUCGAUUCGGGACAUUGCUGGAAGAUCAGAUACAGGUUCUGGCCGAACAACAAGAGUCGAAUGUAUUUGCUAGAGAAUACCGGGGAGUUCGUCAAAUCACAUCGUUUGGAAGAAGGAGAUCUACUAGUCCUUUACAAGAUCCAAGAGGGGAAUUAUGUCCUUCGAGCACAGAAGAAAGUUCACUCGGAAAGCAGUGGAGCACCAGGGUCACAACAGAAAAACGCAUAUAGCUUGGCGAGAGAUUUUCCGGAGGCAUCCAAAACUGAGGAGCCGCUUAAGGAAAAGGACAUUGUUGGAUUUGCAGAGUGGUCUUGCGGAAAAGUAAAUGAAGAACGAAAUAUUCUUGUACGUGACGAUGAUCCGUUUUUCAAAGACGAUCAAAAGCACAAAAUUAGCUCCUCGUUCAGUCCUGAACCGCUUCAAUCUUUGGAGAGGUUCCCGAGUUUGAGCAUUGAUUUUCCGUUGGACGAAAUGAUGCCAUGGGACGACCCUGACGAAUUCAACACAGAUUCGGAAUUGGCGGAGCUCGUGGGAUGAGCUCGGGCUUGCGCUUGGAGACGAAGGAUGGAGACCGAGAUAUUCGAAUCGCAUUCCUUUUGAGCAGCAUUUCUUGAUUUCAAUAUUCUGUACAUUAUGUUCCAUUCCUUUGUGGUGGAGGAAGUCCCAACUACUUGUCUCACGGGUACUUGUGACUGCAACAGCAGAAUCGUUGAUAACAGUAGUUCAAUUCGCAUGUCACGAGGAUUUAACAACAGUAUCUAACUGCUGAGAUAGCAAUGCGAUUGAUGUUCAGACUUGAAGGGUUGCUGCAGAUUAGGAUUGUGGAACAUGAGCGUUUGAGGGGUCAUAGGCAAUUCUAAUCGUAGGCAAGUAUGUCACAUGAGAUAGGCAUUUGAAAAGCUUCAAGUUCAUAGACGGCAUGUUUUGAGCUUUUUAGCUUGUCAGCAAAUCCAUGUCUGUUGGCCUAAAAUCUGGCUUGUAGCAUAAAUAACGAUGAAUCCUUUAGUGCAUUGCCAAAUACUGACGCUUUCUUA